AGUGCCUUUUCUUAAGCACACUGUUUUUUUUCUAACUUGAAGUGCAAGGAUACUGGUGGGAUAAUCGGUGAAAUAAAUGUGGGUUCUGCUUCACCCCGCCCUCAAACUCGGUUCAUGCCACUUGCUCUUCCUCUCAGUUCAGGCUGCCUUAUGACCCAAAGAGGCUAUAAUCUGAGGCUGGCUUUAAAAGCAAGCAGGUGGGAACAACGCAGCCCUGGGUCAUUCCUCAUCCCUCUGCCCCUGGUGAUUCCUACCUGUGCUGAACUGGGAUGGCCCCCACCCUUAGGUGUCCUAUAUAAAACCCCAGUUCAGCACAUACACGCCAGAAAGAGGCCAAACCCCCUCUGUGAUGCUCUGAUUUUUUAUCAAGUGAGAAGAGGCACCACCUGCAAAGGAUUUAAAGUGAAUAGGCCUACCCCACCAGGGAGAGCAGCAAACAACACACAGGUGGAUUCCUAGCGGACCCUCUUUACCACGCUCUCACAGUUCAACCUCAUUCGCUGCAUCUCCAGGAGCCUAGCCCUUGUAUUUCUGCUGCCAAAUCUCUGCAUCUAAUUAGUCACUGUUUUAAAUGUUGAUUCUAUUAGUGAUACCACUGGCUUUGUAUUUUCUUUAAUCAUAUACUCAAUAUUAAAUUACAACUAAUUUGUAAGAUAGACUUUAACAAUACUAAGUAGGACUUAAAACUGAAAAUUUUAGAAUGUAUAUCAAAUUACCCAAGAGGUAGAUACUUGAUUUUUUAAUUGAUGAGUCUAAAUUUGCUUCAUUUCUCAAUUUACAUAACUGAAGACUCCAACAGAUUCAAAAGAUUAGUGAGCCAGAGCUAGUAUUAUGGCAUAACAGGUUAAGCCACUGCCUGCAAGGUUGGCAUCCCAUUUGGGCGAUGGUUUGGGUCCCAACUGCUUCAUUUCUGAUUCAGCUCCCUGCUAAAGGCCUGGGAAAGCAGUUGAAGAUGGCUCCAGUGCUUGGGCCUCUGCCAUCCAUGUGGGAGACCUGGAUGAAGCUCCUGGCUUCAGCCUACCCAGCCCUGAUCGUCGCAGCCAUCUGGGGAGUGAACCAACCGGUGGAAGAGAUCUCCCUUCCUCUCUCUGUGUCUCUCCUUCUUUCUAUGUAAUUCCAAAUUUCAGAUAAAAAUAAUUAAAUCUUUUUUAAUAAAGAUUAGUGAGCAGAUAUGUAGGAUGAGCAAGUCUAGAAUUUAAUAUGCAAAUGACAACAGCAGCCAACAAUACCAUUGUUACAUUUGGGAUCUCUGCUGGAUAAACAGAUUUCAACUGCAAAAGAAUGGGGGUAACUAUAUGAAACGAUGGAUAUGUUAACUUACUUCACCAAAGUAACCAUCUUUUUUCUUAAAGAUUCAUUUAUUUAUUUAAAAGUCAGAGUCACACAGAGAGAGGAAAGGCAGAGAGAGGCAGAGAGGUCUUCCAUCUGCUUGUUCACUCUCCAAUUGGCCACAAUGGCCAGAGCUGUACCAAUCCGCAGCCAGGAGCCAGGAGCAUCUUCCGGGUCUCCCACGCGGGUGCUGGUGUCCAAGGUCUUAGGCCAUCUUCUACUGCUUUCCCAGGCCAUAGCAGAGAGCUGGAUCGGAAGUGGAGCAGCCAGGACUCGAACCAGUGCCCAUAAGGGAUUCCAGCACUACAAGCAAUGGCUCUACCCGCUAUGCCACAGUGCCAGCCCCUAAAGUAACCAUUUUACAGUCUAUAUUUAACUCCUAACUCCAUACUACAUACCCUAAAUGUACACAAUAAUACUGAUUUUUAAAAUUAUGAGACGUUUUAAGUUUAAGCAACAAGUAAAAAUAUCUAAAAUACUAUUGUGGGAAAAAACUCUUGAAAAAGUUAUUCACCAAAGGAAGCUUUUAAGCAAUAUAGGCUCAGGUGUGUGAUUCACAUUUUUAAAGAGCUUCUGAGAAUCUCAUGUGUUGGAAGGUAAAUAAAGCCUAUUAAAGGAAAAAACAUAACUCAAAGUCGGAAAUAUAUAUAUAAUCAAAAUAAUUGAAACUAAGAAUCAACUUAGGCCAUUCCAUGUAAAUAACAUUCUGGAGCAAACAGAAAGCAUAGACGGUGCCUUGGACUUCAUUUACACUCAGCAUAGGCUCACAUUGCUUGAAAUGUGAGGCUGAUCCACAUCCACCAUGAUGAUGUGGUGCAAAGCAUGACAAAUGGGCUCACACAGGAUGAACAAGACCACACAGUCAGCCAAUCAGCAAACACGUAUUUAUUUUCCUAUUUUUUAAUUAUUUGCAUGUAAUCUGAAAUGCAGAGAGAAAAUACACACUCAGAAAAAAAGAAAGAGACGAGAAGAAGGAGAGAAAGAGAUCUUCCAUCCACUGACUCACUCCUGAAAUGCCUGCAAUAGCCAGGCUGGACAAGAUAGAAGCCAAGAGUCCAGCACUCCAUCCAGGUCUUCGACAUGAGUGACAGAGACCCAACUGUUUGAACCAUAAUCUGCUGCCUACCAGGGUGCAUAUUAGGAGGAAGCUAGAAUUGGAAGCAGCAUCAGGACUCAAACCAGGUAUUCCAAUAUAAGGUGCUGGUAUCCCAACAGCCAUCUUAACCACUGUGCCAAAUGUCCCCCACACAUCCAUAAAUAUUACCUAAGAAGCUGACCAUUGCCAAGUAGUGGGGCUGUUGCUAUAGAUAUAUCAAAGAACAAAAUAGACUUGGUCUUUGCUCUGAAGGAUCUUAAAAUCUAAUAGAAAAAACUAAUAAGCGUGUAAGAAAUAGCUCUGUUGCAGGGAACUACAAUUGUCUUUUAUAAGUUCUUAUUUCCCAAAAGAUUGUCUUUUGGGGAGACCUGUUUCUGAAGGAAGUAACAGCCAAAACAAAUCUUGAGGAAUCAGAUGUGUCAAUGUGACACAGGACACCCACAGAUCCAGAAGGGAGGAGGGCCUGGGGCUCAGAGGAAACAGAAAGAAAGGAAACCAGAGAAGCAAGCAAGGACCACAUCACGAAGGUUCUUGUAGAUCACGGGAGGAGAUACUCCAAGGACAUUAAUUCAGAAACCAAUUGUAGGGCUGCUAAUUGUGGAGUCAUGGUUCCCAUCUGCUCCUUACCACAGAAAACCAUCUCUCCACAGUGUCCCUUUUCAGCACAGACACAGCACGUACACUAACACGGUGUUAAGACACCCUGUGCCCUGGUUUCCACCACUCAUGUGUAGUGUCUCCCACGGGGAGAACACUUCAGGACACCGCAAAAUUAACAAGCCUCUAAGGAUUUUCCUGCCGAGCACACAGAUGAAAGAUGACAAAUGAUUUCUACUUAACAUGCAGAAAUCCUCUGUUUGCCUUCAUCAGUAGAAAAAAAAAAUUCUCUUGUCCCUCAAUUUGUGCUAUUUCCUUCAUCUGACUUCACUCUUUUUCCCAGUCUACAGAAAAAUAUGAGAAAGACCAAAAACACAUCGCUGGACACCAUAGUGACAGACUUCAUUCUCCUGGGCUUGUCUCACCCCCCAAACCUGAGAACCCUCCUCUUCCUGGUCUUCUGCACCAUCUACGUCCUGACUCAGCUGGGGAACCUGCUCAUCCUGCUCACCGUGUGGGCUGAGCCCAAGCUCCACGCACGCCCCAUGUACCUUCUGCUGGGGGUCCUGUCCUUCCUGGACAUGUGGCUCUCCUCCGUCAUCGUCCCUCGGCUUAUUCUAAACUUCACUGCUGCCAGCAAGGCUGUCCCAUUUGGUGGCUGUGUGGCUCAGCUGUACUUCUUUCACUUCCUGGGCAGCACCCAGUGCUUCCUCUACACCUUGAUGGCCUAUGACAGGUACCUGGCCAUAUGCCAGCCCCUGCGCUACCCUGUACUCAUGAACGGGAGGUUAUGCAGCAUCCUUGUGGCUGGAGCUUGGCUGGCAGGCUCCAUCCAUGGAUCUAUCCAGGCCGCACUGACCUUCCGCCUGCCCUACUGUGGACCCAAUCAGGUAGACUAUUUUUUCUGUGACAUCCCUGCAGUGUUGAGACUGGCCUGUGCUGACACAAGUGUCAACGAGCUGGUGACUUUUGUGGACAUUGGGGUAGUGGCUGCCAGUUGCUUCAUGUUAAUUCUGCUCUCCUAUGCCAACAUCAUCCGUGCCAUCCUGAAGAUACGCACUGCUGAUGGGAGGCGCCGGGCCUUCUCCACCUGCGGCUCCCACCUAACCGUGGUCACCGUCUACUAUGUCCCCUGUAUCUUCAUCUACCUCAGGGCUGGCUCCAAGAGCCCCCUGGACGGGGCAGUGGCUGUGUUUUACACCGUUGUCACUCCCUUACUGAACCCCCUCAUCUACACACUGAGGAACCAGGACGUGAAGUCUGCUCUGAGGAGGAUGACGGCAGGUCGAGGGGCUGUGAACGAGAAGAAGUAGCUGCAGGCUCAGGCACCCCCGCACCACCAUCACUACUGCUCUUCUCAGCUGCUGGGCAUACAACAGUUUUCCUAUAAAUAGAUGUCAGUUUAGGUAGAAUUGAAUGGAAUUCUACUUAAGAAGAAGCGGCUGGUAUUAUAUUCAAUCUCAAUAAAUUGUACAAAACUGAUUUACACUUUUUGCUAUAUUUCUGAACAGGAAGCAUGUAUUGUUCCUGCGUUAACCAUGAGAAAUGAAUGCUUUUCCUAGGAAGUAGGGGGGGUAUCCCAGGCAAAUUUGGGGAAACCUGCAUGGUAGAGCAAUGCCCUUCCUCCAUUUGCUUCCCUCCCAAUUUCCCAAGCCUCUUUUUUUUUAUUUUAAAGAUUUAUUUAUUUAUUUGAAGGGCAAAGUUACAGAAAGAGAGAGGUCUUCUAUCCCCUGGUUCACUCCCCAGAUGACCACAAUGGCCAGAACUGUGACAAUCUGAAGCCAGGAGCUUCCUCUGGGUCUCCCAUAUGGGUGCAGGGGCCCAAGGACUUGGAUCAUCUUCUACUGCUUUCCCAGGCCAUAGUAGAGAGCUGGACUGGAAGUGGAGCAGCUGGGACUCAAACCCUCACCUAUAUGGAAUGCUGGCACUGCAGGUGGCACUACGCCACAGCACCAGCCCCCCCCCCCCAUGCCUCUUAUCAUCAGAAUUGCUUAGGGCAAAUAGUCCUCCCGUACACUUCAUCUGAGUUGUGAAUUGUCUGUGUUCCUUCCAGCCUCUCACUUUCCAAUCUGCAGUAAGCAACCCCCACCCCUCACCGCCAAUCUGACCCCAAUAUACUUCAUUUCCCGAUAUCUCCA